UAAGCUAUGUAUUAAUUAUUAUAAUAUUGUCGAUGACAGCGUAUGACUGCGCCGCCACGACCUACUCCGCAACAGACUCUCAUCCUAUAAAACCGACCUCCAAGAUCACAUGUACAAACAGUUCUUACAACGAUGACCCAGACAAACGAGGGCCAGCCUCGAGAUAUAGCAAACCCUGCCUCAUCAUCACCGCCUUCAGAUUCAGAGGACUCGCAUCAGUUUCCUCCUUCACCGCCAGGAAUACACGAUAACCAACAAUUUCCCCCGCCUGUCUUUGCAUUAGCUCCUUCGCCAUCCCAAUCACCAGAAGCCGGUGAAAUGAUUACUCUUUCGCCUCAACCUCCUGUUAUUACUCAGGCCGAAGUCACCCCGAGCCUCCCGCAGCGUCCUCUUGAUGUCGAUGUGGAUCCACGCAUCGCGAGCUUGCGCGCCAUGUUCCCGGAUUUUGACGACUCUCUACUAUCAUCUGUACUUCAGAGUGUCAACGGUGACCAGGAUCUGGCAAUUGAUACCUUGUUGGGGAUGAGUGAUCCCGAUUAUGUCUCUCAGCCGCUACCGCCACCGGAGCAGCGUGAGCCUGCUCAGACUGACCUAGACGAGCAACUCGCUCGACGUCUCAUGCUCGAGGAAGAGCAAGCUGCGCAGAAUCAGUGGCGCCCUCCGCAGCAGGAACAAGGACCCCAAUAUUAUCAGUCUAGGCGGUCUGCUAGUCGAGACCGGGCAGGUGGAGAUGAAACCGGAAGGUAUACCAGUACGGCGCAGGCCGUUGCUCCACCGCAACGGGACACUAUGGCAGAGUUCCAAGAUGGUUUCAACAAGAUAGCAGAAACUGGCAAGAAGACAUUCUCUUCAAUCGUUUCAAAAGUUAAAGCGAAGAUCCAGGAAUACGAUCAGGGCCAGGGAACGUCCAGACAAGAUACACAGCCUACGUGGGGUCAAUCAUCUCAACCUUCGUGGGGCGGUGGACAACCCACGCAGCCCCAAUACCAGUCAUCUUACCAUGAUCCCAAUCUGCAACACCAGGAAUCCUACUAUGACCCCAAUCCACCGGUCGACAAUGGGGUUCGUGGAAGCGGGUGGCAAUCCCCUCGUCCCGGUGGUGGCAACUCAAAUCCAAGGACAAACUCUGUUCCUACUCUCGCCCCAAGCGCGACGUACGCUCCUCCGAACUUCGCCACUAAGCCUAUACCGGACUCUACGUCCGUUGCAAGCAAUAGCCCAACCUAUGCAGGACCAUCGACGUAUUCCCCGCCGACCACAAGCAUGGGCACGUCCCCUCCGCCUGAACUUGCCCGGCGGUCGGGUGACACCCCAAGGCCGCCGUCCACGGGCGUUGGUACCCAGGGCGGAAUUGACGUCACUAAAUUUGGACUUCUGCCCAAACGACCUGUAUCACUCCUUCGGGAACAACCCCCACCGACACACAGAGACGAUAGUGACGAUGAGUUGGAAUACACGGAAAAUCCGUUCGAGGAGAGGAGGUAAUCAAGUGGCUAUCAUGGGGUAACGAAUCGGAAUCAUCUGUGACUGCGACCGCUGAUGAACUAUAAAUUACGGCCCAUACUGUACUAAAUAGCAGCUGCAAUUUUUCACGUAAAGAGAUAUGUCUUGUCUGGUAAUCGGUAUCUACUUCUUUGACUGUUGGUUCUAACUGGUUAAUAGCUCGCCGCAAAAUGGAGAGAACACACUCGAGCUGUGAGGGUCACUACAGGUGCUGGAGUGGAGAUGAUGAGCGGUUACCCCGUCCAAAAUUUGAACAACUCCUUUAAACCAGCGUGCUUCAGUGGGAUGGGAAAAGGUAUAAUCAUGCGUGGUCGACGGUACAUUGACAAAGAACGGUACUUGUCCGUGAACAGGGUGGAAGCUAAUUGGAAGCAAUUACUAUUAAUGACAA